AUGGCUUCGCAGGCCACCAACACCCAACUUGAGGCCGCCGCAAAUUUCACAAGACCUCUUUCUAUAUCGACUCUUUCGAUAAACACGGCGGCCGCGCAACAGAACCUGCCAUUAUUCACUCGAGGGAGUGGAGACUAUAACGAGCCUGUACCUGAUCCUCCUGCAGCCAGGAGGGCAGCUUCCACGGGAGCGAUCUCAUCUCACGGCGCAUCGAGUCAGAGCUAUGAUGCUUCAAGACCGGGAUUGUCUUCGAGGCAAGCAAGUUGGCAGCCUGGAAUGCCAUUGCCAGGCCCGCCUCCUGGGCCACCCCCUUCGUCCUCGAGGUAUCAGAGUGCAACUGGCGUUCCAACGUUUGCUCAGGUGGGACCCAGCUCUCGAGCGAACAACUAUCGCGUGCCUCUGCGGCCGCCAGUUUUGAGCCCGCUCCCUCCAACACCGGCCAACUGGAGCGACGAUGUCUCGUCCCGACGUACUGGAAAAUCACCGAUGUCGCUGCACAUAGAGACAACGAACUUGGACAGACCGGUGCCUCUGCCUGCUGGACUGAACCGAAGUGCUGCAAUGCGGCUCUCUUCAUACAAAGGUCUUCUCGAGCGGCGGAAACAACGAAGAAGCAUAUACGAAGGUCCAACGGCAGAAAGCAGUGCUUUGACCAUUGAGACUGAUCCCUGGUCUGAAGCUAUAAGUCCAUCCGUCUAUAGUAACGAACAUUCACCAAUCCUUGAAUCCGCUGGGCCAGAAGUGAUGAGCGCAAAAUUCGAGCGGCAUGCCGGCCAAACAUUCAACAAGUUGGCCCAGCGAGUCCAGCCAUCCGAAGGUGGGCGGUCGCUCUACCUCUCCAUGAAUGAUCGCAGUGCAUCUUUCACUGGCGCAGGUAACAACGUCAUUGGUGCACCGCGGACUUCUUCCAAAGCGCUUCCCACACCUCCCCUUAGCCAGAAGAACCCAGCUUCUGCUCACAGUAUUCUACCCUCGACCGCUUCCUCAGUCUCAGAACCAGCCCAAGGUGAACAGGACUCCUUUAUCGCCCAAGCAUCGCAUCGGCAUCACGAGUUUUUGCUUCGUGAAAGCCAGGCCACCUCUGACUUGGACCGUCUGCGGCUUUUCAUGACUUUCAUUAUCGGAGAGUCCAAUAUCCGACGACAACGCUAUCCUGGGCCGUUUGUGGAUGGAAUGUUCGAUGCAGAUAUGGCCAAUCAGCGUCUCUUUAACGGGACUCUUGGCGAUGUUUCUCGUGAGACAGAGAUUGUUGCCACUGAGACAGACCACCCCAGGCAGACGCCCGAGAUCGAUUCAUCUUCCCACCCGGAAGCUACGUGGUGGAGAGAGUUCCGCCCGGCUCUCUCGCCGAUUGCCAGCAUGAGCAACGACGAGCUAAGCUCCCGAGGUCGUACAGCCAGCCGGUGGUGGCAGUCUCAGACGGGGUCAGAGACCGAUGGAGGCACCAAGACGAUGAAAAGAACCAAGCGGGAGUCCAAGUACAUGGGUCUUUCAACGCUUUCGGUGCAAGAAGUGCUGUCAGCAGAGACAACGCCCAGGGAGUUUCAUGACAUCAACCACGUCGAUGAUGCGUACCCGGAAGAAAAGGGAGAAAAGGUCAACCAAAACACGUUCGGCUUAUAUACGGAGGGGGCCUAUGACCCGACAAGAGACAGGCAGCUGUCCAAAUCGCAGGCUCCGUCGCUGCUGGACAUUUCACGAUUCAUCACUUUGCCUCCACCAUAUCCAAGACACUACCCUGCAAUCAAUAACGGACAUCCGAGAUUGUCGACCUAUCGAAAUGCGGUCCGGACAUUGAGUGACCUGAACGAAUUACAGAGCCGCAGGUCGCGACAUAACGUUGCCGUCGAGGCAUUACGCGCGGAGCACGUGCGCACAGUCAAUGAGCGGCAGCAGUCUUUCCAGGCCCAUGUUCAAGUGCAGAUCAGCGAGGGCAGUAUCAGCUAUGCUGAAGCGGCCGAAGCCGAGCAAGCUCUGCGGCUGGAAGACCACAAGGCUGAAAAGGAGUGCUUGCAAGCCGAGUUCGACACGCUGCAGGAUGUACUGAUCAACCCAAUGCACGAUAUGCUCAACGACCGGAUUACACAAGUCAGCGCUAAGAUUGACGAUCUGACCAAAGAGCUGGUGGCAGAAAUGCACGGUCAGAACGUUGACCGCCCGCAACAGGAGGGAGACGCUAUGCCGGAGAUCCUGGAAUACCUCACCCAAUUGAAAUGGCUUUUUGAGACACGCGAACACAUGCAUCGAGAGGUCUUUGAUCUCCUCAGUGAACGCAAUGAGAAAUACAAAGCCAUUGUCUUGCUUCCUUACCGUCAGGUCAACAACCUCGACAAGCUGCGGGACACAGACGAUUUCUUUACUCGGGACGGGCUGGAACGACGGACCAGAUUUUUUGCAGAGGCGGCUGUGCGAUAUGAGAGGUUUGUUCAGCUGGUUGCCGAGAACGUGGCGCGGGAAGUAGACUUGCAGUCCUCCGCCUUCUGGGAUAUUGCUCCUCUAGUGUUGGAUCUGGUUCAGAGAUUGCCCAACGAACCCGAGCAGCUGGGAGCCAUUGAAAUACCGGAAGCCGAGUAUGCGGAAACUCCGAGCUAUCGAGACUUCCCACAGCAAUAUCUCUAUUCUCUGCUGGAACAUGCCGAAAAAUCGACUUAUCAGUUCAUCGAAUCGCAGAUCAGUCUCCACUGCCUGCUGCACGAAGUCAAGGGAGCGCUCAUUGGGGCACAAUGUCGAGCAGCUGAAGCUGCUAAUGCUAGGGAGACCAGAGACAGAAGGGGGGAUGAUACGAGUCAGAACAACGACAUUAAAGAUUGGCAGAUUGAGCAAGAGACCUCGGCUACUGCUGAAUUGAAGCAGCAGGUGACAAUGAUCGAAGAGCAAUGGUACGAGGCAUUGGGCAGUGCGUUGCAGGCCAAAAAAGGGCAGGUCAAGAUGUGUCUGGAGAAGAUCGGUGGAUGGGAUGAAUCCUUGGAAAUGGAGGCAUAG